ACACCAAACCAUCCUGAGAUCUCCCAGUUCCUCAUUGUGCGGUGGAGUCAUGGGGACCUUGUCUCACGUGAUGCGUCUAACUGUCUCCAUUCUCGUCACUCUUUUGAUCACUUCUAAGUCUGUGGAAGGCAAGAAAAAUGUGCUGGUCUUUAUAGGAGAUGACGCCGGCUUCCUCCAGUCGGCCUACAACAACACGGUGUGUCAGACACCCAACCUGGACAAACUGGCAGCCAGGAGUCUCACCUUCACACAAGGCUAUACCAGUGUCAGUAGUUGCUCUCCUAGUCGUUCUGUCCUUCUGUCAGGCAUUCCCCAGCACCAGAAUGGGAUGUACGGACUACGUCACAUUCCCCACCAUUUUGUAAGUUUUGAUGACGUCAGGAGUCUGCCACUCGUCCUGGCCUCUCAUGGCAUUAGAACAGGUCUGAUCGGCAAGAAGCACGUAGGACCACCAGAGGUGUAUAAAUUUGACUACGAGCGGUCCACAGACCAGUACAUCAAUGAUCAAAUAGGACGUAACAUCACGUUCAUGCAUGGAUUUGUUAAGGAAUUUCUUCAGGCCAAGGACGACAGACCGUUCUUCCUAUACAUCGGUUUCUACGACUCACACCGCACCAGGCCCCAGGACAUUGAAACAUUCGGCCCCUUCCAUAACCUCUGGGGUACCGGAAAACCUGGCAUGGGCCUCAUCAAAGACUGGACCCCACAGGUCUAUAACCCCGAUGACGUCAUCGUUCCUUAUUUCUUGCCAGACAAUGACGUCACGAGACGGGACAUAGCGGCGAUGUACACGUCAUUCGGCAGGAUGGACCAAGGUAUCGGCCUAUUCCUCAGCGAGCUAGAGAAAGCCGGAUAUCUGGAUGACACACUGAUUAUGUUUACGGCUGACAACGGUAUCGCUUUCCCUAACGCCAAGACGAACCUCUAUGAGCCAGGCAUGGGAGAGCCCAUGAUGAUCUCUACACCACAGAACAAACACUCAUGGGGACAGUUCUCUGACGCACUAGCCAGCACUAUGGACUUCACCCCCACAAUCCUGGACUGGUUCGGCGUCCCUUACCCAGACUACGCUCUCAACGGUCUGAAGGUCAGCCUAACAGGACGCUCACUACUUCCUCUGACGUCAUCACACCUGGGGGCGGAGCAGGAUUUUAGUGUGGUGUACAGCAGUCAUGACUUCCAUGAGGUGACCAUGCCGUACCCAAUGCGUGUAUUACGUCAAGGGCAGUACAGACUUAUCCAUAACCUCAACAACAGGAUGCCCUACCCUCUGGCCUCGGACUUAUUCUACUCGCCAACCUACAUGGAGAUUCUUAACAGAACCAAGGCCGGAAUCCCUACCAAGUGGUUCAAAACCUUGCAACAAUACUACUACCGAGAUGAAUGGGAGCUCUUCGACCUCACCUUUGACCCCGAGGAGCUGCAUAACUUGGCCUAUGAACCCAGCCACGCUGACGUCUUGUCCGGAAUGAAGAAGAAGUUGAUUGAGUGGCAGUGGCAGACCAACGACCCCUGGGUCUGCAUGCCUCAUGGGGUCCUUAUUCUAGGCCAGUGUUACCCCAUGUUGAACGAACCGGCUAAAUGAGAUGUUGAAACGACCCGCUAACAGUGACGUUCAACCAGCCUAGAAUUUAAGAUAUUUGAUUAACCCGCUAAUAAACAUGUUAAACCAAUCACAAAUGAGCUGUUGAGCCAGCCUGUUAGCAGAAAUGCUCAACCAACCCUCUGACUGAAAUGUUCAACCAACCUGCGAAAUGAGAUGUUCAGUUAACCUGCUUAUAGAAAGGUUUAACAAACUCGUUACAUGUAACUGACAGAUAUUUAGGUUUGACCUAUCCACCCAUAGACGGGCACUGUGACCACAAGUUCCUCCAACCAGCUAAAAUGACAGACAGAUAAUCAACCCGCUCGUUACCUAUUAUUUUAAAUUAAUCCGCUAACCGACACCACAUAAAUCUUCAACCAACUCAUUAGAUCUAACCAACGACCAGAUGUUCAACCGACCCACACAUAGACAUUUAUAAUUUAUUUGUUUGUUUGUUUGUUUGUUAGUUUGUUUGUUUGUUUGUUGAGUAAAAAGAAGCACAUCGAUACAGUAAUUGUCAUAUCAUCGUGGUAGGAAAAAGUAAGAUAGACAGACAGACAGAAGCAACAGAGAAUGUAAAGACGUAGGACGUACCAGUGACGCCACCCAGCCACGCAUAGACAGAGAGUGUUACUACAUGUUUAAUCUAACCAAACAUUAUUAGUCCUAUAAUAUUAUAGCCACAAGAGA